AUGUUUAAGUCAAUCAUUCGUCAAAAUAACCAAUUCAAAUUUGGAUUAAGAAGUUUAGCCACUGCUGCUGGAGAAAAUGCUCCAAGAAUAAAGAAAUUUCAAAUUUACAGAUGGAAUCCAGACACUCCAGAUAUUCAACCAAAGAUGCAAACUUUUGAAGUUGAUUUAAACAAGUGUGGUCCUAUGGUUUUGGAUGCGCUUUUAAAGAUCAAGAAUGAACAAGAUCCUACUUUAAGUUUCAGAAGAUCUUGCCGUGAAGGUAUUUGUGGUUCAUGUGCUAUGAAUAUUGGUGGUUAUAACACUUUAGCUUGUUUAUGUCGUAUAGAUACUAAUACUGCUAAGAAUUCCAAGAUUUAUCCAUUACCACAUAUGUAUGUUGUCAAAGAUUUAGUUCCUGAUUUAACUCUUUUCUUCCAACAAUAUAAAUCCAUUCAACCAUAUUUACAAAGAGAUACUAAACCAGCUGAUGGUAGAGAAAACUUGCAAAGUAUUGAAGAUAGAGCCAAAUUAGAUGGUUUGUAUGAAUGUAUUUUAUGUGCUUGUUGUUCUGCUGGUUGUCCAUCUUACUGGUGGAAUCAACAACAAUACUUGGGUCCAGCAGUUUUGUUGCAAGCCUACAGAUGGUUGAUUGAUUCUAGAGAUGAAUAUACUAAGGACAGAAAGCUUAUGUUACAAAACUCAAUGUCCUUGUAUAGAUGUCACACUAUUAUGAACUGUACUAAGACUUGUCCAAAGUUUUUGAAUCCAGGUAGGGCUAUUGCUGAAAUUAAAAAGAUGUUAGCUUUUGAUUAG